AGGGUUAAGUUCCGGCAGACCCGACUCACACGAUCUCAACAACCGAAUCGAAUCCCCUCCGUGCGGAGCUGAAUCCGAAACCAUUCGCCAAUCAGCGAACGCCACAAAAUCGGCCCCAUAAAAAACCGCAGCCCCCGGAAUCGGGCGGAAAAGUUCGUCGGCAUCGAUCCGGACCCGCUCCCACGACGCGCAACUGGGGAACUCCGUCUCCCGCCGCUCCCUCCGCCGCCGGCAGCUCGCCAUGGCCGAGCCCUCCGCCGCCGCCGCCGCCGCCGCCGCCGCCGCGGUGUCUCCGCCCAGGCGUCUCGAUUUCUCGCCCGAUCCGCCUCCGAAGCCCGCUCUCUCGCCCGAUCAGCGCAGGUUCUGCGCCGAGGCGCUGCGGGCGCUCAAAGAGAAGCUCCAGAUGCCCGACAGGAUGAAGCAGGAGUUCGGUCGCUUGCAGGCGAACAGAAUUAGGCCGUCUGAGAUGGCGAGGAGCUGUACCGUCGCUCUGGACGACGUCAAUUCGAGCAAGAAUCGCUAUACGGAUGUUGUGCCAUAUGACAAGACUAGAGUUGUUCUGAACCCAUGUAAGGAUUACAGACCUGCUGCGAGGGGUUACAUUAAUGCGAGCUUCAUCAAGGCUUCCUCGAGCGAAAAUGUUAGUCGAUUCAUAGCCACGCAAGGCCCAUUGCCGCAUACCUAUGAGGACUUUUGGGAGAUGAUACUCCAGCAUCGUUGCCCGGCAAUUGUUAUGCUUACUCGGUUGGUUGACAGCUACAAGACAUUUAAUUCCGCAGGUAUGGUCAAAUGUGGAGAUUAUUUUCAGGCAGAAGAUGGUCCGAGAGUUGGAAAUAUUUGUAUCUCAACUAAAUGGAUAAAGAACACUGAUACUUCAUUGGUGUUGCGUCAUUUGGAGGUGAAUUACAAAGAGACCGAGGAGCCACCUAUGUCUGUUCUUCAUAUUCUAUACCCUGAUUGGCCUGAUCAUGGAGUUCCGGCAGAUACAAUCGCUGUUCGUGAAAUUUUUAAGAGAACAAAUGAGAUAUCACCAAGUCUUGGCCCAAUAGUCGUGCACUGCAGUGCAGGCAUAGGGAGGACUGGAACAUACUGCACAAUUCACAAUACUGUGCAAAGAAUUCUUGUUGGUGACAUGUCUUCCUUAGAUCUAGUCAAUACCAUAACCAUUUUUAGGUCUCAGCGAAUUGGAAUGGUUCAAACACUGGAGCAAUAUGUGUUCUGCUACCAAGCUAUCGUUGAUGAAUUGGAAGAUUUGAUCUCCUAGCAUAUUCAUAGUGUAAGGCAUAUGUCUUCUGUUACUUCAGUGGUCUCUGGAGCGUGCUUAGCUGGUAAUGUACCAAAGGAGCAGCGGCUGUCGAGACAGGCGCCGGAGAAGACGAUGGAAUUCUCUGCUCGCAGGAGGAGGCGCUCGUCGCAGGAGGAGACGCUCGUCGCAGGAGACGCUCGUCGCAGGUCGGAGGAGGAGAAGCUCGUCGCUCGUCGCAGGUCGCCGGAGGAGAAGCUCUUCGCCCGUCGCUCGUCGCUUGUUGCAGGUCGCAGGAGGAAGCUCGUCGCGGGGGGGUGA